UAAUUAGAUGUGUUUUGGUUUGGAGUUGGGGGUUUCUUGUGGUGAGAGAGAAACUCAGAUUCUGUUGCUUAGAAGCAUUUAAUUUCAAUUUUGUUGAAUCCCCCCCUUUUCAUUUUUUAACCUAAAUUUUGAAACUUUGAUAAAUCUUGAAUACCCUUUUCAAUUUUGAAGCUAAAUUUCGAAACUUUGAUAAAUUUUGAAACUUUGAACGAAGAUGGCGAAUGGGAAGAUGGCGAUUACCAAUUGGUUCCAGAAGAAAAUCACUGAUCCUCUUGUUUCCAUUCUUCACAGAGGAGCUGAACCAAAUCAGUUGGCUUUCUCUGCUGCUCUUGGCAUUACAUUGGGAGUAUUUCCUAUAUGUGGUGUCACUGUAUUCCUCUGCGGAAUGGCUAUUGCAUUGCUUGGAUCAUAUUGUCAUGCUCCAACUAUGAUGCUCACGAACUUUAUGGCUACUCCAAUAGAGUUGAGUCUGAUUGUACCGUUUCUACGCUUCGGUGAAUUUAUGUCUGGCGGGCCUCAUUUCCCUUUAACAUCUGAUGCUUUAAAGAAAGUUCUUACCGGUCAAGCUUCACACGAGGUCAUAUUAAGUGUUGUCCAUGCGUUAUAUGGGUGGCUCGCUGCAUCACCUUUCAUUCUUGGAGCACUAUACAUAGUGUUUUUACCAUUGUUCAGAAUUCUAGUUCAGAAAUUCUCUAGUGUACCUUUAAGUCCAAAAAAGCCACUCCUUUCACACUCAGAGCUAAGGUUGAAGGUAAGAGAUGUUUGACAAAUAUAGUAACAAGGUCAUAAUGAUCAGUUAUGCACAUGUUCUUCAGUGGCACAUAUUGUACAUAUAAUUUUCAAAGACUUGUUCCUGUUUUUAAGCUGAGAUUCAUGUACCUUAUGUUGUAAAGUAUGUUGUGACAAAAAAUGUAGUAGAUUAUGUAACAAUUAAAACCAGGGAUUAUUCAAAGUUCAAACUCUUCUGAUAAGCAGGUUCAUAGAGAUAGAGGUAUAA